AUGACUGACAGCAUUUUUGGCUUUAAUCUAUCUAUCUAUCUAUCUAUCUAUCUAUCUAUCUAUCUAUCUAUCUAUGUUUGGGCCGAAAGCAUUCCAUCAGCCCCUCACAUCUAUCUAUCUAUCUAUCUAUCUAUCUAUCUAUCUAUCUAUCUAUCUAUCUAUCUCAGCCUGUUUAUAUCUAUCUAUCUAUGUAGGAAAUGGAUUGUGUCCGACUAUUAUUUUAAUAUAUUUUUUAUCUAUCUAUCUAUCUAUCUAUCUAUCUAUCUAUCUAUCUAUCUAUCUCAGCCUGUUUAUAUCUAUCUAUCUAUGAAAUGGAUUGUGUCCGACUAUUAUUUUAAUAUCUAUCUAUCUAUCUAUCUAUCUAUCUAUCUAUCUAUCUAUGACAGUGUGUUCAUAUCUAUCUAUCUAUCUAUCUAUGUACCUCAGCCUGUUUAUAUCUAUCUAUCUAUGAAAUGGAUUGUGUCCGACUAUUAUUUUAAUAUCUAUCUAUCUAUCUAUCUAUCUAUCUAUCUAUCUAUCUAUCUAUCUAUCUCAGCCUGUUUAUAUCUAUCUAUCUAUGAAAUGCAUUGUCCUGUUUAUAUCUAUCUAUCUAUGAAAUGGAUUGUGUCCGACUAUUAUUUUAAUAUCUAUCUAUCUAUCUAUCUAUCUAUCUAUCUAUCUAUCUAUCUAUCUAUCUAUCUCAGCCUGUUUAUAUCUAUCUAUGUAUGA